AUGGGAACAAAAGCUAACAACCAUAUAAGUAUUAUCAUUGAUAUGUAUGGGACUAAAGUGAAGCAUAUCGAUAUCAAUGUUAUGAAAUUUAUUCUACGUGUAUGUAAAUACUAUUAUCCCAGCUUGGUUCAGGACAUCCUUGUUUACGAAUCUCCUUCAAUCCUUAACGCACCUUGGAAAGUGGUGAAGUCGUGGAUCGAAGUUGGUCACCCAGCUCUUCAUUUGAUCAAUGAAGAUUGUAUUAUUGACUUCGUGGAUCCGCAAUACUUAAAACCUCACCAAGGUGGCACAGAUAAUUUUGUUUUCACCAUGAGUGAUAUCGCUAAUUGUUUGCCGAAUCCGUUAACACAUAUUUCACAAAAUGACAGUUUGAAUGGCUUCCGUGAAAUAGAAAUUCAGAAACCUAAUCUAGAUGAAUUUCCAACGAGAAGGAGGUCAGUCAAGUUUGAUGAAGACUCAGGAAGAGCAAUUCCAUUGACACUGCCUCGAAGACCCAGUAAAGGUCCUGGACGUAGAAAUGGUUUUCCAAGUGCUUUAAGGCCGAUAAUCGAGAAAAGAAUGAACGCAGGAGAAAACGAUUGGCUAACCACACCACUAAUUUCAAUCAGUCCGAGAGAUGAGUUAGCUUUGUCCAAGAUUGAAUCAGAAACUGACUACGUGGACGUGAUUAUUGUAAGAAACAAUACAGACGAGGGAAUGCAGUUCAAGAUCAAAACAACAGCUCCCGAAAAGUUCCGAGUGAGACCUAGCACUGGAUUCAUAAAAGCCAAGAACUCCGAGAUAGUCAGAGUUCAUCUCCAGAAUGAAUACAAAUAUUCAGCUGCCAAAGAGAAGAUUUUGUUUUUGACGAUGAAAACGAAUGACACGAAUUUGGAACAGUUCAGCGAUAUUUGGAAAGCAACUCCAGCUGAAGACAAGAUUGAAAACAAACUGAAAUGUAAGGUUUAUGAUGAUACGGAAGACAUUGCAAACGGCAAGCCUGAAAGGAGAUCUAGUNGUUGGAUAAUUAUUUCAUGGGAACAAAAGCUAACAACCAUAUAA